GCCGGGACUUGGGAAGCAGUCCGAGCCCCGGGCCGGCACGCCCCGAUUGCUGGACCUAAAAGUAUCUCAUACGCCGCGCCCGGGCCCCGAUUGCCUGGCCCCCCUUCAUUCCUAGGAGCAUCCUUAGGUCGAUACUGUUUGUUGAUUACCUACGGUACCGUAGGUACGGUACGGUACCGUAAGUACCGCAGGUACCUACGGUACCGCAGUCCGAAUAAUUACUGUAUAAUGGGAUAGUCGUUAGAAAGCUUUUAGAAGGAUGUCAUCGGGGGCCAUAGAUGAGUACAAAGACGAUUUCGAGGACUACGAAGAUGACGUUGAUGACGCUGUGGAAUUUCAGUCGAGAGCACCCAGGCUGGUUUCAACACUUGAGGAAAGCUUCACAGCUAUCCACGAAAACUCUGACCUGUUAAGUCGGACGGGAAAGGCCGAAGUAGCAAUUGCUAGAGAAGUAGCAAUGGACGACAGGAGGGCAAAGCAGACGGAAUCCAAGGCUUUGGCAGAUGUGAAACAGCCAAAGUACUUAACUGCAAAUCCGAGAAACCUCAUUGGUUGGUUUGACCCAGCCGUCCACCGCGCACGAGGGCUCCAGGGCCAUUUGGCCUUGGUGUCUGAGCGCUUUAUUGCAUUUGAUCAGCUCCCUCAAACAGAAUAUCAGCUCUACCGACCUCGACUCUGCAGCGCAAAAAAGCGUAUGAAGGAGUAAGUGUCUUUACAACCUGAGGCACCAAGUUAUUUAACCAUUCUUGCAGGCGUGCAGUAGGUACAGCAGACGAGUUAAUCAGCACAGGAAUGCAGGCUGAUACUAUUUGGACUAGAGACGCAGAAAUGCAGUUCGCAAAUGGGAUUGAUGACACUGACUUCGAAAAUCUCAUUGCAAAAAGCCUGCAAGGGAAGGUCUGCAAUCGCAAAGGUGGGCAGCUAGCGACAUGGUCCGGUGCUAAAACUAGUACCUAUGUAAAACACGAGCUGCUUUUGAGGUUUUUGCACCGAGUAUCUGCGACUUGUAUGGCAUUGAUUCGGCCACACACUGAAGAACCACAUGAUGCCACUGUUGAACACAAUGCGAUACGGAGCCAGCCUAGUAAUCCUCCACUUCAUGAAGCAGGUCCGUGGGCCAAAUUGUGCAAGUCCCCAAAGCCGGAACCGGUGCCUUGUCCCGAGAGGAUGUUGGUUUGCUUCACCAGCAGGAAAUGUAGGUCAGUAACUAAAUUGAUUUUUUCGCGUACCCACACUUCCAUAUUCAUCGCACUAUUACAAGAACCGCUCCGUCCAAAUUACUUUCAUCCGAGUAAAUCUGCUCCUCUCUUGGAUGACAAGAACAGUGUCCAAGCUACAAUUUGGGAUGUGAGGCACCCUGACACUCCUGUUGCACUUCUAUGUGAAGAGUCAGUCUUGACCUGUGCUUGCUUUGCGCCAAGCGGUACGCUGUGUGUAGUGGCAGGUAGUGCGACAGGUUUAAUAAUCCUAUGGGAUUUGUCUAUGGUUGUUACGUCAAGGCCCGGGCACCCAGAAGAACCUUUUAUGAUGGGAGGCGUGAUUUCAAAUCCGCAAGAGACUGUUCAUGAAUCCACCAUUCUCGAGCUAUGCCCUAUGCUGAGCUCAUGCACAUCACCAAUACAUGAUAAAUGCUUAACAUUCCAGCUGCUCAGUGUUGAUGAUUGUGGACUUCUUGCUAUUUGGCUUGUGGUCGAUUCACCACUAAAUAUUGAAGGUGUCGUUGCACACACGAUAGAUACAAUGAAUGCCACAGCCCCUGGGCGAGAUCCACGUCUUAUCUGUUUGCGUUCUUUUACGGUCUGGUCAUCAGUGCCAACAACCCUUGGAGGAUCUUUUGGGCAGUCCCCGGCCAGACAACGCACGGAGUCCCAUCUGAAAAUAUCUAAAGACAAUGAGUUCGGCCCUCUCUCACCUUGCAUAUCAGCCUUCGCUACUCUGCCGGCUAGGUCCGACGAGUAUCUUGUUAGUCUAAGCGAAACAGUUAUUGCCCCUCCCCCGUAUCGCACGGUUGUGUAGGUUGGUCUCAGUAACGGCCAUCUAGUCAAGUGCUCACUUCUGGGUAUGACAACAGAGCCUCGAAUACUAUUUCCUUCGACAACUUCAAUGAAGAAAGUUGCAAAAGCAUAUCAAGCAUCGCCACAGUCUACCUUACCUGACGGUUUCUCUGGCACACGUGCGGUCUGCCUCGACUUUUCUCCAUUUUUCAAAGAACUUUGCAUUGUUGGCCAGCUGGAUGGUGGCUGCCGAGUACACCACAUCAACCUUGCUACGCCACUUAUUACAUGGCCUUACUAUGUUUUCUCUAGAUGCACAGCACUGAAUGCAACAUGCGUCAGCGACCUUAAAUGGUCACCGAAUGUCCCAAAUAUUUUUUUUGUUCUACAUGCCAACGGUGAUCUACAUGCUUUCGAUCUCAAUAGAGAUGAUUCCGCGCCCGUAUACUCGUGUGCACUUUCUGCAGAAGUUGGCUUCUCAGAGAGCAGCCCCCCACUAACAAAAAUGGCCAUAUCCCGUGGGCUAUCAAACGCCACUGAAUUAGUUUUUAUUUCAUUCGGGGAAACAAUUUUCAAGCGUGCCAUGCCUACUGCCAGUGAAUUUAAGGAGAGAGACCUCGGAGAAUUUCUCGAUAGGUUGAUUACACUGGCUGGCUCGCGAUCUGAUUAGCGUUUGCAUUAUUGCGACAGGAUCCUAAUUGCGCGCAUGUGGGGCAGCUGUAUUCAGUAGCGCAGCUGUAUUCAACAUGAAGCAAACCGCCGUGUGUCCAAAGGCACGUAUCCUCGUCUCAUCUGGUCCUAGUGGCUUUAUCUUAGUAUAUACUCUCGCUCUAUUCCACUGCGUCGCACCCGCCCCCGCGGCCGCAUGUCCGAUCGGAUGAGACUACUUGUCCCACUGAUCCUACUUGGUCUUGCGCUAGUUCCGCGUCACUGGCAUGCUUAAAGCCAAGCGCGCCGCGUUGAGAGGUAGCCGUCUCGGCGGUCUGCCAGUGCGAGUUCCCCAAAGCUACUGCUCUGCGCGUGGCGCACUGCGCAUGACUAGCCUGCGAGGGUGCCGGUGCAAUUAAUAAGGGGGAGAGCCGACCCCACCUCAGUUGGGCGAACUAGAAUUUUUACUAGUAUACUAGUAUACUGUGUAUACUUAUUCGCUCGCGAUCGCCGACACACAAAAUAUGGCCCCCGCCAAGAAGUCAAAGAAGUCGGCGAACUUCCGCGUCUCAUUCUGUCCGGACCGAUGUAACAAUAAGCAAUUAGGUAGAGAAUUUGAACUCCAGGCUGCAGCUCGUAAUGAAGAGUGGCAAGGUCGCACUAGGCUAUAAAACAUCCCUCAAGACUCUCCGCUCGAAUAAGUCAAAACUUGUGCUUAUCGCUAACAACACGCCACCGCUCCGCAAGAGCGAGGUUGAAUAUUAUGCAAUGCUUUCAAAAUGCCAGGUGAUACAUUACAAUGGGUCGAAUGUUGACCUUGGAACUGCCUGUGGCAAAUACUUCCGUGUGUCUAUGCUAACCGUGAUCGAUGCCGGUGAUAGCGAUCUACCGCGCAGUUUCGCUAUAUUGUUGGUUUGAACUAAACUUGUGUGGUAGGCGAUAUCAUUCGAAACACUGCGGAUGCCUCGUGAACGAGCUAAACUUUCCGCCGGCGCAUGAUUAUCGCGGAGAGCAAAUUCCCAACUAGCAAAAUCCCAAAUGACUAGUCACCCAUUUUGCUGCUCAGCUCUCCAGGUCCAGGGUAGGAAUCGAGAUCUGAACCUUACUUCACAGCGGCCUGACCAGUGACACCGAAACCAAAGUCCUGCAAUCCAACUCUUCUCUUAAGUACAACGAAAAUUAAUUCCUUCGUACCCGACUAGAGAACCAGUCAUCCAAUGAUCUAGUGCGGGCCGAGUCGGACACGGGCACAAGGUGGUAAAAUAUGCCAGUGGUCCUGGCCCACCCGGUCCGAAACUAUGUCUUCGUGGUGUCCUUUGGUUCUUCUAAACGAAACAUUCCUACCCUUCAUUGAGCCUAUAUAGAUAUGGGACGAUAGGGAAUAGUUUUUCGUAAUCAUGAUUAGUACGGGUCACAUGUACA